CUUCUCGAUCCAGAGCUCUCUGGAGAGCACCACGCGCUCGGGCCACGCCGGAGAAGCCCCCGGGGCGACACAAGACAAGGCAUGGAGCAAGCAGACGCCGCGGGGCAGCCCGCCGAGGCCUUCGACGUCGACGCCUGGGCCCGCGACCGGGCCAGGGCCAAGCUGGGCCGGGUGCUCCUCCGGCAGAGCCAGCGCAAGGCCAACGCAAGGCCGCCCGCGGCGACCCCACCGCCACUGCCGACCGCGGCGGCGCCGCCGCCCGAGGCCGCGGCGGCGCUGGACCCCGAGCAAGCGGCGCGGCGGCUCCAGCGCGUAACGAGGCGGCGCAUCGCGACGCGACGUAGCAUCGAGGAGGCCAUGCGCGCCUUCGCCCGGGACUACGAGACGCGGCCUCCCCUCCAAUGGGAGAAGCCGCGGCCGGACGACGCGAGCGAGGUGCAGCGUAGAUUGUCCAUAGGAGACGACGAGUCGACGGUCCUCUCUCGCUUGUCCCUCGACUCGCUGCCGUCAUCACAAGGUGAGCCGUCGCACGCCACGACACAGUCGCGGGCGUCAUUGACACAACGGCCGGCGUGCAGCCCGAUCCCCGAGCGACGACGACGACGAAAGCCGACACAGAAGCUGCCCCCCGUCGUCAACUGGGGCUGCCCCGUCGACACGUCGUCCUCUGCGUUACUCUCAAGACCUUUGAGACGGAAGAACGCCCGCCUCACGCUACCGCGGCCUCCGCUGAAGAAAACAACCGCGCAAUCAGCAGGCCCCGCAAAGGACGCCGCCGACGCCAUGGAGCGCCUCGCGCUGGACACCAAUGCGUUGUUGACAGCUUCAUUAACAGAAAAGCUCGAGGACGAGCACUACCGGACGACGGUCGCCUACGCUCUGGAGAAGACCGCAGCCGGGCGGCGCUACCACGCCCUGGAGCGCCAUCGCGCGCGCGUGGCCUUCCAGCGCGUCAAGUUCGACUGCCAGGUGGCCAUGGUCAUGCAGCUGCGCGACAAUGGAUUUUUGCGGUGAGGGUAAGGAUG